AUGUCGUUUAAAAUUGAUUUAAAAAAUUUUUCCGAAGAAAUGAUUCCAACGUUAACGGCUGAAUUAAUCGGACAUUUUAGUAUUGAUGGUGAUAUGCAAUAUCAUGCCGAUUUAUCGCAACUGAAGUAUUAUAUUCCUCCUUCGGAUCCUAACAAUGUUGAUUUCGAUCUCAACAAAAAUUUUAUACAUACCCAUUACAGACCUACUUUGUAUGUGAAAUUGGAUAAUAUAUUAAAAUGGAUUUCUAACAAUUUUCAUCGACUUGAAAAACCACUAUCAGUACAAGAAGAACGUUGGUUGGAUAUUGAUUUCAUUGCUUCUCGUGGGGCAAUAAAAGCAAUGUUAUCUAGCCCAUAUAAAAUGCGUGACGAAUUGAUUAUUUGCGCCAGUAAAUAUCGUGGUACAAUUUAUUUAUGUGAAUUUUAUUCGGAUAAAAGAGAAUAUGAUUACGUCAAUUUAUCACUAUCAAGAAGACAAGUACAUUCAUGGGGAUAUAAGUUUGAGCAGUAUAUGGUAGCAGAUCAUCCAUCAGGUACACCAGAUUUAAAACGAUCUCUUAAUGAGUGUGAACAAUUUUUCUGUAUGUUUAAAGCAAACUUUGACAAUCAUUCGUUAUUAUACGCGGCAGAAAUAGAUGGUAUUUCUUCGCAACAGCUAAUAACAGAUACACUUGAAGGCAAAACUUUUGAAUUAAUUGAGUUGAAAACAUAUCCACUACCUAAUGAAGAAGGAAAUAUACAUGGCAAAAUUUCCAGCUUGAGAGUGAUGGAAUGGUGGAGUCAGAGCUAUUUGGUACAUUUAAAUAAAAUUAUAUGUGGAUUAAAAGAUAAAAAUGUAGUAAGAAUGAUAAAAGAAUAUUCAAUAAAUGAUUUGUCAAAGCUUUCAGAGGUAAAUAAUUUUAUUUUGAAAUUUUGUAAAAUAUUUUGCAAGAUAUUUCUAGACAAUAUCAAAAGAAUUGUCACUAAAAAUUAUAAUGAAUGCAUAUAUAAAUUUUGCUGGACACCAUUCACUGAAGAUGUUGUAAAUUAUAGUGAAGAAGCUGCUGAUAACGAAAAAUAUUUUUUCUUGCAGUCAUGGUUUGUUGAUAAAGCAGAGGAAUACAAAAAACGUUUUCAGUAA